AGCAAGCAGUCGAGGAUACAGAAACACCUAGGAUUACUGUGAUAGUGCCAGUGCAAAGUGUGUGCGUGUUAGAUCGUAACCGAGAAUCAGAGAAUCCGAGUCUCUAAGAACCCGUGACCCAAGAUCCAAGAGAACCCAAGCAACGCGUCUUUUCCGUCCACUCAACCCGUGACUAAGCAGCCAUGAAAGCCUUCAUUCUUAUGUCCUGUCUGGCCCUGGCCGCGGCCCGUCCUGAGGCCGGCUACAACUACAACCGUCCCGGAGGCGGCGGUGGCUCCAGCGGCGGAUUUGGAGGUGGCUCCAGCGGCGGCUUCGGAGGUGGCUCUAGUGGAGGAUUCGGAGGUGGCUCCAGCGGCGGUUUCGGAGGUGGCUCUAGUGGUGGAUUUGGAGGUGGCAGCGGCGGCGGAGGAGGCGGUGGCUUCGGAGGUGGAUUCGGCGGCGGCUCUGGUGGCGGAGGAGGAGGAGGCGGUGGCUUCGGAGGUGGAUUCGGCGGCAGCUCCGGUGGCGGAUUCGGAGGAGGCGGCAGCAUUGGCGGAUUCGGAGGUGGAGGCGGCGGCGGCGGUGGCACCACCUUAGUGCAGAAGCACAUCUACGUGCAUGUGCCGCCACCAGAGCAGGACGAAGUGCGUCAGCGCCCCAACCUGCCAGUUGGCCAGUCGCAGAAGCACUACAAGAUCAUCUUCAUUAAGGCCCCCUCCCCGCCCUCGUACCAGGCUCCAGUCAUCCCCCUGCAGCCCCAGAACGAGGAGAAGACCUUGGUCUAUGUGUUGGUGAAGAAGCCCGAGGACCAGCAGGACAUUGUCAUCCCCACACCGGCACCCACACAGCCCUCAAAGCCCGAGGUGUACUUCAUCAAGUACAAGACCCAGAAGGAGUCUGGCGGUAUCUCAGGUGGCAUCUCCGGUGGCAUCUCCGGCGGCGGCAGCGGUGGCUUCACUCAGUCCAACUCUGGCAGCGGCUACACCACCGGCGGCGGCGAUGGUGGCUUCACCGGCGGCGACAGCGGCUCCAUCUCGGCCCCGUCCAGCAACUACGGCCCACCCGGCAAGUCCGGCCCCUACUAA